AUGCUAAUACUAUUUUUAUACAAAGGUGAUGGUACUGUCAGAGUUUGGAUCUAUGACCACUAUGAUGUAAUUGCAGCGGAAAAUGAAAAUAAUUUGUGGGGUACAGAUCCAUUCAACAUGACAGGUAGAAAUGGUUAUCUGUAUGGUCGCGGUACAAGUGAUAACAAGGGACCAAUCCUUGCAUCGAUUUUUGCUGUGAACGAGUUGUUAAAGGAAGGUCUUUUGGAUGUCAAUGCCAUCUUUUUAAUUGAAAGUGAAGAGGAAAGUGGCAGAGUUGGAUUUUAUGAAGCAGUUAUACUUUUGUUAUGUCCACUCAUGUAUGUAUAUAUAUGUGUGUAUAGUAAUUCUUACUGGCUUGGCGAAGAUGUACCUUGUAUUACAUAUGGCCUAAGAGGUGUUAUUCACGCAACAGUUUCCAUUAGUAACAAGCGUGCCGAUCUUCAUUCUGGUAUAGAGGGAGGGGCUGUUUCUGAACCCUUGAUAGACCUGAUCCACGUAUUAGGAAAACUAGUAGACAAUAACAAAAAGGUUCUCAUUCCAGGUUUUUAUGAUAACGUAAGUCCUAUGACGGAAGCUGAAGAGAAAUUGUAUGAUCCUAUUGUUGAAUGGACGCAAACAUCGGAAACAGCACGAUCCAACAAGUUAAAGCAGCAAUUGAUGGCACGAUGGAGAUAUUCGACCUUGACAGUACACAAGAUUGAUGUAUCUAUCAACAACCCCACCCUUAUCCCACGUAACGCAAAGGCAGCCGUGAGUAUGCGUGUUGCUCCUGACCAGGCUAUCACAGAUAUUUGCGCCCAGUUUGAGCAAUAUGUCAAAAAUGUGUUUGCUCAAUGUAACUCGGAUAAUCGAAUCUCAAUUACCAUCGAGAGUGCAGCCGAAUAUUGGCUAGGAGAUUUGAAGAGUAAAUACUUUAAGGCGGUUGCAAAUGCUAUAGCAGAUGAAUGGAAUAUGAAGCUAUUGUAUAUUCGAGAAGGUGGUUCGAUUCCUGCUGUGCGUUGGCUUGAUCCUUACGGCGCUAGAUCGAUUGGUUCCGUUUCCAACCCCAACACUGCUUACAGACGUUUAAACUCCAUCUUGACCCAAAACAAUGUUUGUAAAGAGUUACGCGCCAACAGAUACUUUGGAAAGCCACACGUCACAAGGAGAAGAAAGAAUAUCGAACGUAACCGUAAAUUAUUCGGUGCCAUGAUUGGAAAGAAGGCUGCACUUAUCAAGUGA